CUCGUUGCAUCACUGUCUUGAGAGUGUUCACAGUGCUUGUUGCAUCUUUACUAAAGAUCCGGCAGACGACGUAAAGUUUCUCGAGACCUACUAGCGGUUGUUUCUGCAUACGUCUGGGACUCAGGGUUUGGUGGCCCUAACAGUCAUCUAAUGCAAGGUCCCCAAAGCAAAGCAUCAGGGCGAUCACAUAACUUCCCCUCCUCUUUGCCGCUCGGUUGUCAGCUUCGUGUGGGCAAGGCGAUAACCAGAGUAGGAGGUUCAGGUCGAGCAACAGCCGAAGGCUUCAAUGGCAGGAUCCCUCGCAGGUCCUACACAAGGAAGGAGCCAUCUGUGCAGGACACUAUAACCAUCAUGCGACCGACCGGCAUACCCUUUACUCACAGGACAGUAUCCGUUGAAGAACAUAUCGAUCGUGUAUAGAGAAUGGCUACCAGACGUAUUCGAAUAGUCUGCAUUUCCGAUACCCAUAAUCAGACUCCCAAGCUGCCUGCUGGAGACAUACUCAUCCAUGCAGGCGACCUUACUAAUCAGGGCAGCAUGUCCGAACUUAAGAAGACCGUCAGCUGGUUGGCAAAUGCAGAUUUCAAAGCCAAGAUCAUUGUUUGUGGGAAUCACGAUGUGACUGCCGACGUGGACUUCUACCGCGAGUAUGGAGCUUACUUCCAUAAUAAAAAUAUGGAAGAUCCCCAGAAAUGCCUAGCUUUGUUGCAGGCGGAUCCUUCCAUCAUAUACCUGAACCAUGAGCCGAAGCAGAUCCCAAUCACUCAUAGUGACGGUGCAGUUACUUCGCUGAGGGUCUUUGGAUCUCCAUAUUCUCCUGCAAGAGGAUUCUGGGCCUUUGGCUACCCACCAGAAAAGGCCGCUCAGCUGUGGGCUCAAAUUCCUUUGGACUCGGAUAUCGUGGUAACUCACACGCCAGCUAAAUUUCAUCGAGACGAAUGUGGCACACGGGGAACCGCGGGCUGUGAGAGGCUUCGCCAGACAUUAUGGAGGGUUCGUCCACGGAUGUUUGUUUGUGGACAUAUUCACGAAGCAUACGGCGUCGAGGUGGUGACUUGGGAUCUGUCUUGUCCCAACAUCAAGUUCAAGGAGGAAAGUGUUCGAUACUGGCAGGAUCCGCAACCCGAAAGCAGAAAGCAGUACACUGUCGACCUGUCUUCCCGAGCCAAAGCCAUGGCUUUGCGGAAUGACGGAAGCGUUGGGAACCUAGUCGGAUCCAGACAACUGACUCGUCUUCGGGGAGCUGAAGUUGACGGUCCCAGCGAUGAGAUGUCGACAGUUGAAUCGGGAGACCAGAAUUUCCACCUACCACGUCCUCCGACUGCUGGCCCGCCUCCCUUUCCUGACUUCGACAAGGCUCAACGCCCAAUAUCACCAGCGGCAAGCUCAAUCAGUAUCAACGAGCUUGCGUCCCGGGGUCAAGGAGGGCAAGCAUCAAGCGCUCGGUCAGACCAAGAAGCAAUCUCUGGUCGUGAAGGCAGACUGGAAACGUGCAUUGUGAACGCAGCGUACAUGGCAACGAAUUGGCCGCACAAAACGGGCAAGAAGUUCCACAAACCGAUCGUCGUUGAUAUUGACCUCCCAGUUGAACCUGGACCGUCACCUAGUUCAGCGUCAAUCUGACUCAUUUGCAUCGGAAGGUUAAUCUGCUGUAUCACUAGCCUGGAUUGAGGAUGGUCAUUUGGACUUUCCCAGCCUCAAGAGCAAUGAUAAUGGAUUGGAUGGGCUCUUGUGGUUAAAUCCUUUACGAAGUGCGCCUUAUGUAUCGAGAACGCUCGCUCCAGCGUUAUGGAUU